AUGGCUUUCUCUGUAAGUGGAUAUCUCGACACCGAGCAUGACCUUGUUUUACUGACCUAUAAGAAUCCUUCAGUGUUUCUGUAUGGCCCUGGGAAAGCAAAGAUCCAGGACAGACCAGAGCCAAGGAUCACGGAUGCCACGGACGCAAUAAUUCGCAUCAAGUUCGUCGGCGUAUGUGGGAGUGAUGUGCAUUUCUGGAAUCAUGGUGGCGUUAAUGGGAAGUUUGUAUCCGAAUCAAACCCCUUGGUGAUGGGACAUGAGGCAUCAGGGACGGUACAUGCGGUCGGCUCUGCUGUUACGCAUUUGAGGCCAGGUGACAACGUCGCCAUCGAGCCCGGUCAACCUUGUCGUUCCUGUGAAAGGUGCAAGGAAGGCCUGUACAAUCUUUGCCCGCGCAUGAAAUUUGCCGCGUGUCCACCGGACACACCGGGAUGCUUGACCAAGUAUUUCAAGAUCUCGGCCGAUUUCUGCUAUAAACUCCCGCCCAGUGUGAGUCUGCAGGAAGGAGUCCUCGCCGAGCCCCUUGCUGUGGCGGCACACGCCGUGCGAAUGAUCGGGGUCAAACCAGGUCAGAGCUUGGUGAUUUUCGGUGCGGGCACGAUUGGCCUUGUAUGCGGUGCGGUGUCCAGACUAUUCGGAGCAAAGAAGAUUGUGUCGGUCGACCUCCUGGACCACAAGUUGGAAUUUGCAAGGAAUCUCAACCGGUCGAAUACCUUCAAGCCCGAUUUGACCGCUUCGCCAGAGCAGAACGCGGCGAGGCUGAUUGAAGAGAACGGAUUGGGGCUGGGUGCCGAUGCCGUGAUAGAGGCCACGGGGGCAGAAAGUUCGAUCAUCACUGCCGUGCAUGUUCUUCGUCCAGGCGGCUCUUGUGUGCAAACAGGUCUAGGGAAGCCUGUCGUCAACUUCCCCAUUCUGGCCAUGAGCGAAAAGGAAUUGCAUUUGCACGGGGCCUUCAGAUAUAAUCAGGGGGAUUUCAAAGUCGCGAUGGACGUGCUUGAAGCGGGCACUCUCCCUCUCAAGAGCCUCAUCUCCAACAUUUUCGAUUUCGAGCAAACCACAGACGCAUGGGAAGCAACCAAGCAAGGACGGGGUAUCAAGAAUAUGAUUCGAGGCUAUGGAUAUAGAGAUCCCGCCAGAAUUAGCCACUUAUGA